GACAGUCACCUCACCGCGAACAAACCGUCGCUCUAAAUUUCAGUGUAUAACCCCUUCCCCGUAGUUUUCUAACCCUUCUGACGCUACAAUGUCUACCAAAAACCUGGCAAACCGCGACGGCUUAGCCGUCCUGAUGGCCCUCAACGACUCCGACAACUUCGGCGACGACUCCACCCCCUGGAGCCUCGACGCUUCGGGUGCUCGGAACGCCGUCAGCAUGGGCGACCCGCGCCCACCUAGCGAACUCCCCCCAAGUCCCUGUCACUCCCCCGAGCAAAACCGAACCUUCCCCAUGACCUCCGCCGCUCGCAGAAACGAGGAACUCUUCGGGGGUGGUUUCGACCCACGCGAAUACAAAGCAAAUCUUCGGCAAGAAAGACGAGACUUGUUGGCCGAAAAGAGGAGGAUGUUGGAACAGUCGUCCGGGAGGGAGUACUCAAUCGACUAUAAGUCCCCGGAGGAUUGUGGCUUGUUCCCUGAAGGAGCCAGUCCGCCGCCGUCCCCCAGCAGGAUAACCUUCAAUCUUUCUCCGGCGGCUGCCCUCAACACCACUGUCAAUAUCGGGCACGAAAGGAUUUUCGGUCCUCCGAGUUUCAGUAUGGCGGCGGCGGCCCAGUCGACGCCGAUCAAGGGGGCGGGGACGCCGCCCCGGAUGGAUCGCUACUGGCCGAGCGGGAUUUCGUCGAUGUACGAUACGGCGAGCUGUGGGGCCAGCCCGGGGACUCCGUCGUUCCACACGGCGAGGAGUCACCUGGCGGACGUUUCGAUUCUGACGCAGGGGGGCGGCAAGUGUCCGAUAUCGCCGAUUCAGGCUAUGGAGUCGCCACCACCGUGUGCGGUGAACGCGACGAUGAAUUACGGGCCGCCGGCCUCGAAUGCUUCGCAUUGCUCGGGGUCUCCGGGUAUGCAGAGUGCGAGGAGUCACUCUCCUGGAAACGCUUCCAUGUCGUCACCGACGAAGUGCCAGAUCAGGCAAACGGUGCUGAAUCUGACGGAUAGUAUGGCGGAGAAUGAGAAUCAAGCGAUGAGGGAAAGACUACGCUGUUUUCAGAAUGCGAGGAGACAACGUCUUUCCCAAUCUAGUUAG